UCUCACCUCACAAUUCGGAAUAUGCUCCAUUGUCUCUGCAUAUUCAUAAAUUACUUUUCCGGCUUUCCCACUGGUUGCAUUUGCUAAGCGCUUUCAGAGGACUUCUGCAAACGCUCAAUGCAAAAUCAACUGCCAUAUGUGUGGUGAACAUUCAUAAAACAUUAACUGUGAUUACUCAUUGAUAUAAAUGUUACUCCAAGGAUGAAAGCAAUUUAAUAUCAAACUAAUUAUGUUUCGUACCAAGUCUUGAAACCAAUGUCAAUAGGAUUCGUAAAUGAAAGCAAGUAACCCUGUGUGUGUAACGGGAGCAUUUUAGGUCGCUUAGAUCAAUUGGUUAAAAGGUGAAGAGCACAAGUAAUAUUAAAUUAAGAUUACAUUAUAUAGGAUUGCACGAUUCAAACAUCGGAUAUUUCACAAAGACAUAAAUUCACUGAAUCAGCAAUAAAAAAGUCAACUUUGAUUUGCUGCUUUUUUAUAUAUAAAAUAUGCUUGCCUUAAAGUCUUCAAAUGCUAAAAAAUUCUGGGAAAGUUUCGAGAUAUAUUGCGAAACAACUUCUGAAGAGCUUCUUUCUGAUCAAAGCGGAUGGUGCGAAUUUGAAAAAAGCAAUGUAAUUUUUGAAGAGUUUCUAAUUGAAGUAAUGAUUUCAAGAUUGGUUGACAAAACUUUUCAUAGAAGUUCGAAAGACCCCGAACAGCCACAGAAACAACUCAGCUGGUCUGAGGCUACUGACAAUAAAGUCGAUGAAGAGGUUUCAGAAGAAGAGAGAAAAUACUUUAAAAUAAUCGAGGAAUCUCAAGCGGGAGUUUAUGAAGAUUUGGCGGAAGACGAAAAAACAUCAAGAAUUUUACAAUCCUAUUUGCAUCACCAACUUCCUCGUACACCACUCCAAAUUAGAAUGCCACAAAUUAGUGGUGGACAGUAUAAACAGUAUAAACCAAAACCUGCAUAUGAAAUACCUCGACGUCAAUCCCAUAGCUUACAAAGGCAUUCAACAGUACCAAUGACAUCAUAUGAACAAUUUACAGAAGAGAUUCCAUCUGUAACAGGAGGAUGGAGUUAUUUGAUCUUACCUAGAGCACAUAAAGGAAGCACUGAACAAGAAGAUGCAUUAAGUAACCCUAUAAUAGGUUUGUCGGCACCACCAAAUCCAGUCCAUUAUAUGACAAUGGAUGAACUUUGGGGUAAUCUAAAUGCAGCAGAAAACAUGCCAUUAACUGUUGUACCAUCCACAUAUUCGGAAUUGCAGGCAUAUCCUGCAAAUCAAAAGAUACUUAAACGUUCAAGAAUACCCAUAAGAAAGCGCCCAAAGCCUUCAAGACUACCCGUAAGAAUAAAAAACUUUCCCCUUCACCUUCAGACGUCGUCUUCACUAAUACCCAUGGGUACGCCUUCAAGAAUACCCCUAAGAACAGAACGCUUACUUAAAAGACGUGCGGUACCUCCAAGAAUGCCCGCUAGACUAGAACACUUCCGUAAAAUCGGUGCUACGCCUUCAAGAAUACCCCUAAGAACAGAAUACUUACCUAAAAGACAUACGAUGCCUUCAAGAAUACCCAUAAGACAUACGGUACCUUCAAGAAUACCCAUAAGAACAAAACGCGUACUUCACAGAGGUGUGUUACGUGCAACAAAACCCGCUGGAAGAGAAAACUUAUUUGGUGCUAUGCCUUCAAGAAUACCCGUAAGAAUACCUCGUAGACGUCGUAUGAAGUCUGUAAGUUUUGAAGAGCUUCCUAGUCGAACAUGUACAAAACCAUUACGAAUGGGUAUGGAAAGAAGAUUGCAUACUUUACAAGAUCCACAGCAACUUCGAAGACGUGGUACAUUUUAUGACAUAAAACGGGCGGAAGCUUUAGAAGCAGCCAAACGUAGAAGGGAUGCAAUAAGCGCAAUGUACCGUGCGGAGGCUACUAAGAAGGAAACGCUACUAAGCCCUACGAAGAGACUAGACCCUACGGCGGCACAAAGAAUAGCUCUCGAAAGGAUAAAGGGUGUAAUGGCGGCACAAAAAAAAGCUUCCAAAAGGAUGAGGGAAUUAGAAAUCCAAAAAGAACUUGUGAAGGAAGCUUGGAGGAAUGCACUACCAACCCCUGAGGAGGCACGAAGAGAAGCUCUCGGAAGGAUAAGGUCUGCAGGAAUCAAUAAAGUCUUAAAGUCAGUUUAUGACGUAGACCCAAUGAUAACUUAUGACAUACAAUUAAAGCCAAGCUGUGCAUGGAAUGACUCAUGGGAUGAACCAUGGGAUGACUUAUGGGAAGAACCAUGGGAAGACACAAAAUCACCACCAAGGAGUGAAACAAGAGAGAAUACUGUACGAGAAUAUAUUGAUGAACGUGCUAGGAAAGGGGCGACAGCUGCUAGAGAGGUGAAAGCUCUCCGUGAGAUGGGAAAUAUCAGAAGUGCGGCAAGACAACAACUUCGAGAUCUGUUGGAAGGAUCUCCUAGAACUCACACAGAAAUUUCAAUUCCAGAUUUUCGUAGCAACGAAGCUCGAAGAAGAUAUUCAAGAAUACCCGUAAGAAUAAAAAGAGGAGAAAAAAGGCACCGGCCAGUGGAAUCACUCAGAGAUCCUCGGUAUCCUAGCCGAGGUACACUGACUUCACAAAUUUCAUUAGAUGCUUCAUAUCUUGGAUGCCCAGUGCAUGGUAUGGGUUCUCCAAAAACAUCAACGCGUGGUACGGGUUCUCGAAGAACAUCAACGUAUGGUAUGGGUUCUCCAAGAAUAUAAGGAGCUCAUCGUUCGAAAACGUUGAGUUCAAAAGAGUUUCCUAGAGACUUCCAAGAAUAUUAUUAAAGCUAAAAAAAAAAAAAAUGAAAUACACAAAGAUAAAGUUAUUCGAAUUAUUUGACAAAUGCAUCGACUUAACGGUUGUCGAUCAGAUAUCGAUAACCAGUACAAUAAAUUACGUUUAAUAAUAAUUCAGAUUCAAUAAAAUGAAAGUAUAAAUUA